UUGUCACACAUCAAUAGGGCCCCCACUCCCUCCCUGUCUCUGCCUUUUACCCUAAAAAGAGGCCUUCUCUUCCUUCAUAAGCCCCCCUCUCUCGGCAGCCUUUUCAGCUCUUCUUUGAAACAGAGCACAGCGCUGCCUCUCAAGUAAAACCACAGCUUGCAUCCAUUCUCUUCUUGUUCUUAUUUCCCCAGAUUCUCAUUUCUUCUUUAAUCUGUCCCUCACACAUCUCCAUCUCUUACCUUUUCCCCCCUCUAAAACAUAAAGGAACGCUCAAUCCAUAACCUCAAAGAUUCAUUUUUUUGUUUGUUUGUUUGCGGUGCUCGUUCUUUAAAACUGGUUUUUGCCUUCAAGGGCCGAGAGAGGGGUUUGUUGGCCUUGUUUGCAAUGGCACCCAGUUUCGAUUGUGUCUCGACUCUUCUCUGUGCAGAAGACGACAGCAUUUUCGAUGAUACAGAUAAUGGAGCUACCAUGGAGCCGUUGGAAGUUUCAUGUGGAUUCCAUAGCCGAAACCUGUACUUUCAUGAUCGAGACGAUAGGUUGCCAUUGCAGGGUGACGAGUGUUUAGCGCGAAUGGUGCAGAAGGAAUGCGACCAUUUGCCUGCUGGAGAUUACUUGGAUAGACUGCGAACAGCGGCUUUGGACUUCGGGGCCAGAAAGGAGGCCGUAGAUUGGAUUGAAAAGGUUCGAGAGCACUUCGGUUUCGGCCCGCUCUGUGCGUAUCUAUCCAUAAACUACCUGGACCGUUUUCUCUCAUCAUACGAAUUACCAAAGGGAAAAGGCUGGACAAUGCAAUUGCUGGCCGUGGCAUGCCUGUCUCUCGCUGCCAAGAUGGAAGAGACCGAAGUUCCCCCGUCUCUCGAUCUGCAGGUUGGCGGAUCGAAGUAUGUGUUUGAAGCCAGAACAAUACAAAGAAUGGAACUUUUGGUGCUGAGCACGCUGAGGUGGAGAAUGUGGGCCAUCACUCCAUAUUCCUUCAUAGACUAUUUUCUAUGGAAGGUGAACGACGAUCAGGGCCCGGAAAGAAGUUCCAUCACGCGAUCCAUCCAAAUAAUAUCGAGCACAGUGAGAGGGGUUGACUUGUUGGAAUUCAGGCCUUCGGAAAUUGCAGCGGCGGUGGCAAUAUUUGUCGCGGGGGAAACCCGAAGGGUGAACAGGGAGAAAGCAAUUUGCGCGGUGAGUCAACAAGUGAAAAAGGAGAGGGUGGUGGAAUGCUUGAAGAAGAUAAAUGAGAUGGCACCAAACAGCGUGCCGCAGAGCCCGAUAGGGGUGUGGGAGGCGGCGUGCUUGAGCUAUAGUAAAACCGAAGGAUCGACGUGGUCACGUGAGGGGGGCGAUGGUAAAAGGAGGAAGAUAGAUAAUGACUGUGGGGAAGAGCUUUUGUAGUGAAAUAUGAAAUAUGAAAUCAAAACACAGAGUGUGUGGGUUUUUUUUUUUUUUUUUUAAUGAAGGGAAGGUGCCGUCGCCAAGGAAGGAAGUGAGCUGAAGAUGAUGGUGGUGACUGGUGACUGGUGACCGGUGAGGGAAAGGGUUAGAUUUGGAGACCGCCCGUUUCUGGCGCUUCGCUGUUAAAUAAUUUUACAGCCCUUAACAGCUUCAGACCAGAGAUCCGAAAGCGCGGGGGUAAUACGGCACGGCACGGCACGGCAAUGCCGUUUUGUUUUCAGUACAGUUUGUGUUUGUAUUUAUUAUUUCCAUUUUUUAUAUAUAUUUACUCAACUUUCUUUUAAUGAAAUUCAAAAAAAAAAGAAAAAAGGAGGCCUGAGGCUCUGGUAUGAGAUAGAUUCGCGCGUAAUAAUCAUGUUUUUUU